CAACUUUCCAAGGCAGUGAACUCAGACACGGGCGAGCCUUGCCAGACGCCCACAUCACGGCCACUGCGACCUCCCACUAUUCGCGCUCCACCCCAGACCACCAAAAAAUGUCUGAAUCCGCCGCCUGGCCAGUGGCCGACUCUGCUUUGACGCAGGAGAUUCUCGAUCUGGUGCAGCAGGCCUCGCACUACCGCCAGCUGAAGAAGGGUGCCAACGAGGCCACAAAGACCCUCAACCGCGGUAUCAGCGAGAUCGUGAUCUUGGCAGCAGACACUACUCCUCUCGCUAUCCUGCUCCACCUGCCACUGCUCUGUGAGGACAAGAACACGCCAUAUGUCUACGUUCCUUCCAAGAUGGCGCUCGGUCGCGCCUGCGGUGUCUCCCGAGCUGUUAUUUCCUGCAGCAUCACGUCAAACGAGGCCAGUGACUUGAACAAUCAGAUUCGCGCGCUGAAAGACAAGGUGGAGCGUUUGAUGAUCUAAGAGAAGGCGAGUGCAAUCUUGAUACCAAUGAAAAGUGGACGGGAAGCACGGUGCGAUGCCUAAUGAGCUGGCCGCGAGAAUUGAGAGGGCGCCAGAGACUUUUUUUGGGAAGAUGCGUGGAUAGAAGAAAUUCAAAUGAGAUCAGCUUGCAAAGGCUUGAAAUUUGGGAG